CAGGCCCGACCUUGGCCGCCGGGCCCCAGGAAGGGCCGGAGCAGCCUACUACUUCAUAGUCUUAUUCGGAAAAACAAAACAAAACAUGGCAUCAUAUAUACCCAUUGAUUUGACAACACUAUGUCAACACGUGAAUGAGGAGCAAAGCAACACAAAGUCAAGUAGACUUGUUAACUAUGAAGAGCAAAAUUACGAAAGUGUCACACCAUUGCAGAAUCAGCCAGCUCAAACGACAGAAAAGGAAACAUUGAAAUACAGACCAUGUACUGGAACCUUGAAGUCAGAAAAAACAGAAGUUUAUCCAGAUGAUGACUAUCCAGAUUACCUUCCAGAAAGUAGAACUCAACAAGUUGUUGCUCCAAAACCAGCUCCCCAGAAUAAGAAAGAGAAAUCAACGGAAAAAAAGGAUCAAACUUGUCCUUACCUGAAAGCCAGGGAAAAACGGCUCGCAUCCUAUGAUAGGACAGAACCAGAGGAUGAUGAUGUGAUUAGACAUAUCAUCAGGCUAAGAAGAAAGCUGGGUUGGCAGACAAAAUUACCGCAAUAUAAGUUGGAUUACGGGGAUCCCAAAACUGCAGUUCAGAAGACGAUUAGUCUAAAGCAACCUUUAAAAGAUGAUGGCGAAUUUGUAUAUUGCCUCACUCGGAAAGACCCUAACUUCUUCUGUAAUCCAUACGAUCUUCAGGUCGUCUCUGCCCACAGAGCAAGGCAUUGCAAAGAGUUUUGGACUGUUACUGCGUCAUUUGUUUCAAAGAUUACCAAAAUAGGUGCCAUAGAAGAUAUAGAACUCUUACCUACUUUGGAAUGGCUAUUAGAAAGGAGAUGUUUCUAUUUACUACAAAAAUUCAAGGUCGUUUCCAGUUUUCGAAUGAAUAAGGCAUUUGUUACUUGGAAAUUGACCGUUAAAAGAAUUAAGACAGACAGAAGCAGGUCGAGUUUGUACUGCCAUCUUUUUUGGGCCGAUGAGUUAUUUCAAAGCUAUUUGCUUUACGUAAAGGGACUUUGUGAAGAUGCUUUUAAUCGCAGAAAUGAUGAAUGUGAAGAUAAUCCAUCUGCCAUGUGCCUUGUAAAGCUGGAUAGGUUUCGGACAUACUCUCUAGAUGAAUUUUGUGAGGAACAGUUACAGCAAGCUUCCCGCACAUUCAAACAACUUGAGGAUAUCAGGGAUAAAGCCAUUGCAGAAAUGAAAAUUACACUUUUAAAGGUGGCAGAAAAGGAAGAAAUUAGAGAAUAUUUUGAGUCAAGCUUCUCUAAAGAUGCCAGAUCACAUUUCAAGCUGCCUGUAUAUCGACGUUUAUUAAAAAAAAUGUUGAGGUUUCUCAUGCUGGUUGACUACAUAUUUCAGGAACUCAUCCGCCAGCUGAUGAACACUGCGGUCACGCUACUUUUGGAAUUAUUUAUUAGUUCUGCUAGAAUGCCAUUUUCAGUGGAAAAAAAGAAUGAAAAUCUAAUCAAAACAUACAAGGAUGCCUUUUCUCUUACUGGAAAGAUGACCAGUGAUUAUGAAGAACUUGUUACUAAUUCAAACUUAUAUGCUACUUCUGUUCCAAAGUCGAACUUAAAAGCAGAAGCUGAUAUUAAUGAGAUUUUGAAUUCCAUUAAGUUGGAUAAGGACUUGACAAAAUAUGCACCAGUAUUUGAAGUAAAUCUGCACUUGAGAAUUCCUUCUGAGAGCGAUUCUUCCAGAAACUCGAGAGAGAGCUUCCAGGAAUCUGACCGGUGCUCUGAGAAAUCUGUGCUGUACGAGGAGGAGUCAGAAAACGAAGUCGGCAGCGACAUCAAACCCUCAAGUGACGAACUCCUAAUAAUGCAGCCGAAAGCCACGACUUUUAACCUUGAAGAAAUUCUGUCAGAUAUAGAAGCCAUGACUGAUUUUGAUAGUAAAACCGAGGAUGAUGAAUUUUUAGAAUUCCCUACAAAUCUCUUAAUUGCUCCCAACAGACUGGACUUUUCAAUAAAAAUUCAAAAUAUGCUGGCUGAUAUUGAAAAAUGCAUAACCCAAAUUAUUCCUCUUGACCAAGAUCCCCGCCUGUCUGACUUUACUGAUUCGGAUUUAUCGAAUGCAGCAGAAAGCGGAAUAGACUCUAAGAAGCAAGCCAGAUGGCCAGAUUGUCAGACCCUUUUUGAAAUGGAUCCUACCUACCAAAACAAGAUUGUGUGCCUCCUGGCCAUUCUGGGCAGUUCCAUGAACCUCGUGAACGGGUAUAGCCGCAGGUUCGUAAAAUACUGCACGAUGGUGGAGAGGGCCAAGGUCACGGGCAUGAAAAUAGCAUCGAUGGAGGAGCUGACUUCGUCGCAGUUUCGCACCAUCCUCGCCAAGUUCUUCGGUUACCUGCGCGAUGUGGUCAGCAUGGUCACCGAGAAGCGCAUCGGCAUCUUCGCCGUGGUGAGUGCGGACUACCAGGCCGAGUGCCUGCCGCACAUGGAGGGCAUCCUGCAGACCAGCCAGGACCUCCUGCGGGCCGUCAUUGAGAAGAAGAACACGCAUCUCCUGGAAGUUGUAGAAACGUCCUUGAAAAAACUGGAAUGUCAUCCCAUUGAAAUAGAAGAAUUUAUGGAACAUUUUACUUUUCUGGAUGCGAUUUCCUCCAAAAUAUCCAAACUGGAGAAAGAGUAUUCAGCAGUUGCUCAGCUACAUUCUGUCUUAAGUUACUACCAGGUCUAUAUUUCAGAAGAGCAAAUUGCCAUCCAUAAAAUCCUUCUAAUCAAGUUUGCGCAGCUCAAGAGCGCUGUGAAGCUAAGUAAAGCGAACAAGGAUGCUGCUGUCGCCAAGUUCAGAGACAAUCUGGAAGCCUACGUCACGGGCCUGCGGGUUGACGCCAGUCAUUUAAAGGCCAAGAUCAGGACGCCUGUUCUGUUACACAUGGGGACGGCGGCGUCCACGGCGAUGGAGAUGAUCCAGGCCUUCUCCCAGGAAGCCGCGAGCCUCGCCAACAAAGUCAGGAUAUGCGCCAACUACCAGGAGUCGUUCAGCGACACCCAGUCUCACAUGCACCCUCUGAACGUGGAGGAGAUCACCCAGAUGGUGGCUGCCGAGAUCUCCGACAUCGACUACGAGCUGACCUUGAGGAAGAUCCUGUGGGAGGCGCAAGAGGAAUGGAGAGCGCUCUUUCAGGAGUGGAGGGCCAGCACCCUUCGCGACAUUGACAUAGAGUCGGUGCAGAGGAACGUGUCCAAGUGGAUGAGCCUCAUCUUAGUCCUAGAAAAAGGCUUGCCCCAGAACAACAUGGUGACGUACCUUAAGCAGUCGGUGACCGCCUUUAAGCAGGAACUGCCCAUCAUCAUCGCCCUGGGGAACCCCUGUCUCAAGCCGCGGCACUGGGAGGCUUUCCAGGAGAUCAUUGGAAAGUCCAUUAUUCUUGAUAGAAACUGCACCAUAGAGAAUCUUCUCGCGCUCAAGAUGUUUCAGUAUGAAAAUGAGAUCAAUGACAUCUCAACCUCAGCGACACACGAAGCUGCUCUGGAAAAGAUGCUGUUUAAGAUCAUCGACCUCUGGAAGACGACUCCUUUGCACUUGGUCCUCCACCAGACAGAGACCGACGCGAUCCUCAUCAUUUCCUCUCUGGAUGACUUGCUGGCCCAGUUGGAGGAAUCGCAGAUCAUGCUCGCCACCGUGAAAGGAUCCUCGUACAGUGAGCCCAUCAAGGGUCUUGUGGAUAAAUGGGAUCAAAACUUGACUCUCUUCUCAUACACCCUGGAGGAGUGGGUGAACUGUCAAAGAUCUUGGCUUUACCUUGAACCAGUCUUCAAUUCUUUGGAGGUAAAAAGGCAGCUCCCAUCAGAAUCGGAACUCUUCUCUCAAGUGAUUGCCAUGUGGAAGGAGAUAAUGUUAAAAAUCCAGAACAAGCUGGAUGCGUUGGGAAUAGCCACCUCCACAGGCGUCCUCGAGAUUCUGAAGAACUGUAACGUCUCUCUCGAAUACAUCAAGAAAAGUCUCGAGGACUACCUUGAGAUUAAAAGGAUGAUUUUCCCAAGAUUUUACUUUCUGAGCAACGAGGAACUUCUCGCGAUCCUGGCUGGGAGCAGCAACCCCGAGUCUGUCCAGCCUCACCUCGUGAAAUGUUUUGAGAACAUCAAGCACUUGCUGAUCUGGAAGCAGGAGAUCGGCCCUCCCACCGUGAUGAUGCUCAUAUCCAAGGAGGGGGAAGCCCUGGUGCUGCCCAAGAAAAUUCGUGUGAGAAAUGCUGUAGAACAGUGGCUGGAAAAUGUAGAGAAGAGUAUGUUUGAUGUGCUAAAAAAAUUUGUGAAGGAAGGGAUUGAAGACUGGAGCCACCAGAACUUCUCCAUGUGGGUGGUGUCCCACCCAGGACAGGUGGUGCUCACCGUGAGCCAGAUCAUAUUUUAUAACGAUUGCACCAAAAGUUUCGCGAGUUCUCAGCCGAGAGAAGAGCUGGAAAAAGCCCACGCUGGUCUGAUACGGCACUUAGAGAAGAUUUCAGAGCUGGUGGUGCUGGACACGAGCAACGCUCGGACGAAAGCUGUCCUGGGGGCACUGAUCACCCUCUAUGUUCACUGCAAAGAUAUAGUGAGAGAUUUACUACUUAAAAAGGUCUUCAGUGCAGAGGAUUUUGAGUGGACAAGACAUUUGCAGUAUAAAUGGAACGAAAAGCAAAUGCUGUGCUACGUCUCCCAAGGAGAUGCCAGGUUUACCUACGGCUACGAGUACUUGGGCUGCACCCCAAGGCUGGUCAUCACGCCGCUCACCAACAGAUGCUGGCUCACGCUCACCGGGGCGCUGCACCUGAACCUGGGCGGCUGCCCCUCGGGCCCAGCUGGCACGGGAAAAACCGAGAGUGUCAAAGAUCUGGCCAGGUCCUUAGGAAAACACUGUGUCGUCUUCAACUGCUUUGAGGAUCUGGAUUAUAAGAUAAUGGGAAAAUUCUUCUUCGGACUAGUCCAGUCAGGAGCGUGGUUUUGUUUCGAUGAAUUCAAUCAGAUCGAUGUGGAAGUCCACUCGGUGAUUGCCUCCCUGAUCCAAACAAUCAAGGCGGCUAAAGACAGCUACUCCGUCAGGUUUGUACUGGAAGGAAAAAAAAUUCGUAUCAACCUGUCUUGUGCAGUAUUUAUCACCAUGAAUUACGGGAACAAGGGUCACGUAGACCUCCCCAACACGUUGAAGUCUCUCUUCCGCCCGGUGGCCAUGGUGGUGCCCCAUUACCACAUGAUCGCCGAGAUCAGUCUGUUUGCGGUUGGUUUCCAGUCGGCAAAAUCACUCUCCAGAAAGCUGGUGAACCUGUACGGGUUAGCCAGCAAGCAGCUUUCCCAGCAGGAUCAUUAUAAUUUUGGCCUGAGGUCUCUGAAGACAAUUAUAAUAAUGGCGGGAAAGAAGAAGCGGAAGUUUAAAAGCACCACCAGCGACAGCCUUUCUGAAGCAGAGGAGACGCUGAUCAUCAUCGAAGCCGUGAGAGAAGCUAGUUUGCCCAAGUGCACCGCCAACGACGUCCUCCCUUUUGAGAACAUCAUACGCGACACUUUUCCCGAAGCCACCGUUUCCAAGGUCAGCCAGGCGGCCCUGGAGAAAGUAGUAGCUAUUGCAACACAGUUGUUGGGCUUACAGCAAUGGCCAGCUCAGAAAGAGAAAAUCAUCCAGUUCCAUAAUCAACUUCAGGCUUGUGUUGGUGUGAUGUUAGUGGGCCCAACAGGUGGAGGAAAGACAACUGUGAGAAGAAUUUUAGAAAGAGCAUUAACGCUUUUACCAAUCGAAGAGUUAUUAUCAACUGAACUUAGGAACUCUAUUUCACAGAUUCCAGGAAGAAAGGGAAAAGUGGAUACUUGCGUUUUAAAUCCAAAGUGUAUCACUGUUGGGGAACUAUAUGGACAACUGGAUCCUAAUACCAUGGAAUGGACCGAUGGAUUAUUAUCAGCAACAAUUCGAAAUUACGUAUAUUGUAACAGUUUAAAAUCUUCCAAGAAAGACAGUGAUCUUGUACUAAAAUCAAGAAUCUCAGAUUUAUCUAAUGUUUUCCAACUUCAUGCCUCUAAUAUAUCAGAUAUCGAUGCUGCCACGUUUAAGAAAGAGAUGGAGAAAGAGGUUCCAGUUACCGAAAGUGAGAAGUUCGACUGGCAGUGGGUUGUCCUGGAUGGUCCCGUGGACACCUUUUGGGUAGAAAGCCUGAACUCGAUGCUGGAUAACACGAGAACGCUGUGCCUCGCCAACAGCGAGAGAAUCGCGCUGACUAAUAAAAUAAGAGUGAUUUUUGAAGUGGACAGUCUCUCUCACGCCAGUCCUGCCACUGUCAGCCGAUGUGCAAUGGUUUAUAUGGAUCCCGUUGAUCUGGGAUGGGAGCCUUACGUUAUGUCAUGGCUUACGAAAACUUCUAAAAUUAUGAGUCCAUCAGGAGUGGAUUGUCUUGAGUUCUUGAUAAAUAAUAGUGUCAAAGAUGGACUACAAUUUAUAAAGAAUCAUCAGAAAUUUCAGCCAUUUCCUGUCCAGAACAUCACAAUCGUUACAACUCUCUGCAGAAUUCUUGACGCCUUCUUUGAAUUCAUGAGUAAAAAUGGAGGCUUUGGACAAUGUGAAGAGUUGAAGACCAUUUCAACUGAGAGAAGUUCUCUGCAUUUAAAGGUUCCUGUCAAAUUCAAGAAUGUGGACAAGAGUGCUGAAAGUCCGUGGUUUCUGGAGAAAUAUCCCGACAAGUUAACGACGAUGAUUGGGAAGCUUUUCGUGUUCUCAUUUACCUGGGCAUUUGGAGGAACUUUAAAACGUGAAGAUGAGCAUGAAGAUGACAUGCUCAUGUAUUCAAGCUUUGAACCUGCUUCUCUUGCGAAAGUCACCUAUGAUUUUGACAACCUUGUCCAUGAAUUAUUUGAAAGUUCACAAAUAGGCAUUACCCUCCCAACUGGCGAGUCGUCUAUCUUCGGGUAUUUUGUGGAUCUCCAGCAGUGCGAAUUCAUCCGGUGGUCAGAACUGCUUCCUAACGUUCAGACACUAAUUCAGAGAGGAACUUCAAUACUAGCGGAUCCGCAAGGCCCCGGCGAAAGCAUCUUGAAGAUCACGGAAUUCGGAGAGACCGUGAAUCACACCGCCACGCGGGACACCACGUGCCUCUCCUUCCUCAUCAGCCUCCUUUUGAAGAAUUUCUGCCCUGUACUUCUCACAGGGGACUUUGGUAUUGGGAAAACCAGUGCCGUUAAUCAGAUGCUUGCCAAGUUAGAGGGCUCAGGAGGAUUCGAUGUGAAACACGGGUCAAUUUUAGGAGAAGUCCUGUUAUAUAACGAAAUUAAAAAGUCAAGGUACCUGAGACAGAACAUCAGCGCCCUGCUGUCUGAAUCCCAUAAGACGGCGGCUGGGAGCCAAGAUAAGAUAACUAAGAAGCCAGAAAAAAUUGAUGACGGCUCCUUUAAAAAUAAUCAUAAAGGAGUCAUAACCUCCACCAUAAACUUUGGCAUCAAGAUGACCACCGCCAAAACCAGGGAGAUGAUCCUGAAGAAGUUAAGAAGGAGAAAUAAAGACACGCUCGGAGCCCCAAAAAACAACAGGAUUGUGGUAUUCAUUGAUGACCUGAAUAUGCCGGAAGCAGAUAAGUAUGGAGCACAACCACCCCUGGAAUUAAUCAGACAAUUACUAGACUUGGGAGGAGUUUAUGAUACUGAAAAAAUUGCAUGGAAGAAUAUUCAGGAUCUCUCCCUCAUGGCAGCCUGCACCCCUCCCGUCGGAAGGGGGGACAUCAGCCCACGUCUCCUCAAACACUUCUCCAUCCUCGUGUUGCCUCAUCCUCCACAGAGCGCCCUGCGCACUAUUUUCCAGGCUCAUUUGGGAAUGUAUUUCUCCAUCCAUAACUUCACAGCUGACGUUCAGAAAAGUAAGGAUCAGAUAAUAUCUUGCUCUCUGGCUAUAUACUAUCAAGUAUGUCAGAACAUGCUGACGACGCCAACCAAGUGUCACUACAUGUUUAAUCUCCGAGAUAUGUUUAAGCUCCUCCUGGGGCUGCUGCAAGCGGACAGGGCUGUCAUCGACUCCAAAGAGAUGGCCGCCCUGUUCUUCGUCCACGAAGCCGCCCGGGUGUUCCACGACCGCCUCAUCGAGCACAGGGAGAAGACGCUCUUCUACCAGUUCCUCUCGAAGGAACUAGAGAACUACUUCCAGAUCCAGUGGACCAAGGAAUCCAUGAUGAGCGACUCCACCGUCUUUGUGGAUUUCUUGCGGAUAAACAAGACGCACAGGAAGAAGAUGUACCAGAACACCAAUGACUACAGCAAGCUGGCCCGCGUGCUCAGUGAGUUCCAGAUGAAGAUCAGGUCCACCUCGGAGAUCUCGCACUCCAUGGUGUUCUUCAAGGAAGCCAUAGAGCACAUCGCACGGGCCGCGCGGGUCCUUCGACAGUCGGGGACGCACAUGUUAUUGAUUGGAAUAGACGGAUGUGGGAAAGAAACGUGUACAACCUUGGCCUGCUACCUGACAGACCACAAACUCUACCACGUGCCCGUGUCCCACAACUACGCCUACAUGGAGUUCAAAGAAGACUGCAAGAAGGUGUUUGUCCAGGCAGGGUUAGAAGGGACGCCCACUGCUCUGGUGAUGGUUAAUUUAAGCCUGGAUCAGGAGGCGUUCCUGGAGGAUUUGAACAGCAUCGUCAGUUUGGGGGAAAUCCCCGACAUAUUUGAAAAGGAGGAGCUGGACUCGCUCGCCCUGCGGAUCCGGUCUCUGGCCGAGCAGACGGGCUACGUGGACAACAGGCAGGCCGUGCUGUCCUUCUUCCAGAAGAGAAUACGUAAAAGUUUGCAUGUUUUUAUGAUCGUGAGUCCCACGGGACCUAACUUCCGCCAAAACUGCAGAGUAUACUCCUCUAUGAUCAGCUCCUGCACCAUCGACUGGUAUGAGAGGUGGCCGGACGAGGCGCUCCUGGUUGUCGCCGACUCUUUCUUGAGAAAAAAUGUGGAUUUAGAGAACAGAGAGAACUUGAAGGAAAAACUUGCCCCAGCAUGUGUCCAAAUCCACCGAAGUAUAAAAGACUUGAACACAAAGUACUUCCAAAAAACCAGGAGGCGCUAUUACGUCACUCCCCGAAGCUACUUGCGAUUCAUGGACACGUUUGCACACAUUCUGAGGUCACGCGAGAAAGAAUUGCAAACAAAGAGGGAUCGCUUCUACAUGGGUCUGUCCAAGAUCCUGGAGGCCACGGCUCUGGUCACAGACAUGCAGGAGGAGCUCCUGAUCGUCAGCCCUCAGAUCGAACAGAAGACAAAGGAAAAAGAAAUGUUAAUGGAAAAACUACAGAAGGAUUCACAAGUAGUUGAGAAAGUCCAGAUGCUCGUUAAGCAGGAUGAAGAAAUCAUGGAAGAAGAAGUAAGAAUUGUGGAAGAGCAUGCUCAGACAACUGCCAAUGAACUGAAGAGUGUGAUGCCGGCUCUGGACAAGGCCAUCCUGGCUCUCAAUGCCCUGGACAAAGCCGAUAUCUCUGAGUUGAGAGUGUACACGCGCCCUCCGUACCUGGUCCUCACCGUCAUGAACGCCGUCUGUACCCUCCUACAGAAGAAGCCCAACUGGACCACGGCCAAGCUGCUGCUGUCGGAGACUGGCUUCCUGAAAAAGUUGGUUCACCUCGACAAGGACAGGUUACCCGAGAAGGUUUUCAUAAAGCUGAAGAAAUUCUUAACCUUGCCUGACUUCAACCCCAAAAAGAUUGCCCUCGUGUCCAUGGCCUGUUGCUCUAUGUGCGAGUGGAUUAUAGCUCUGAACAACUACCACGACGUCCGGAAGGUGGUGGGCCCUAAACAGAUCCAAGUAGCUGAAGCCCAGAACGUUCUGAGAAUCGCACGGCAAAGGUUGGCAGAAAAACAAAGAGGUUUGCAGCUGGUUGAAGAACAUUUGCAGUUUCUGCAGGCGGCCUACAGAGACAUCGUUGCUGAGAAAGACAUAUUAGCAGGUCGAAGACAGCUAGCCACGAGGCGCAUGUACUGUGCGUCGGUGUUACUCACCGCCCUGGGAGAUGAGAAGACUCGAUGGCAAGAAACAAUCGAUCAGAUAGACAGCAAGUUGGAAGGAAUUGUGGGUGACAUACUGAUUUCAGCAGCAUGCAUUGUCUACAGCGGAGUAUUAACACCAGAAUUUCGCGAGUUGAUUGUGAAUGAAUGGGAGAAUCUUUGCACUAAAAGCAACAUUUCUUUGUCUUCUAACUUUUCUUUAAUUGAAGUCAUGGCACAAACACAGCAGAUCCGCCGGUGGCAUCAGCAGGGCCUGCCUCUUGGUCAGUAUUUAACGGAGAAUGCCAUCUUGAUCAAGAAUGGCCUGCCGUGGCCUCUGCUGAUUGACCCCUACGAGCAAGCGUACAACUGGAUCCGCCAGAUGGAAGGACCGGGGCUUCAGGAGUUCUCCUUCAAGGACAGCGGCUACAUCAAGAAAAUUGAACAUGCUAUGAAGACGGGAGGGAGUGUCCUCUUGCAGAAUCUCCCUGAAACCUUACCCCCGAGUUUGAAGGCAAUUUUGAAGAAGGACAUCUAUCAGAGGAGAGGACAGUCUUUCAUCCGGGUCAACGAUUCUGAGCUUGAAUAUAAUUCCAAGUUUAGGUUAUACAUAUCUACAGAGAUAGACAACCCCCAUUUCCCUCCCGCCGUUUACAACUUCGUUAACGUGAUCAACUUCACGGUCACAUUCCAAGGUUUGCAGGAUCAGCUCUUGUCCACUAUCGUCACUCACGAAGUCCCUCACUUGGAAAAUCAGCGCUUCCAGUUGUUGGAGAGCAUCUCCCUGGACGCUCUGACUCUGGAAGAACUGGAGGAAAAAACGCUCAAUCUGCUGGAGAACACGCAAGGGUGUGUACUAGAUAAUGAGGAGAUUGUAGACACCUUAAGAAAAUCCAAGAUUACGUCCAAUGAAAUCUCCAAGCGCAUCAGUGAGACAGAAAAGGCAGAAAGUGAAAUUCAAGCGACACGGAAAAACUACCUCCCCAUCGCGACCCGAGGGGCCCUGCUCUACUUCAUAGUGGCCGAUCUCGCCCAGAUCAACCACAUGUACCAGUUCUCCCUGGACUGGUUCCGCCAGGUUUUCCUCUCGGUCGUUUGCAAAAGCAAAGAGCAGGAAGAACACGGGUUGAAAAGGGAGAAAAUCUCUCUGAAAAAAGUUCACGACCUUAUCAGUCUCUCCAAAGAACCGAAGUUAAAACUGGAGAAACACCCCUUAGACAGGCAUCUUAAGAACUCGGUCGAUGUGCUGACAAUGAAUAUAUUCAAGGUGGUGUCUGCAGCUCUCUUCAAUCAGCACAAACUUUGCUUCGCCUUCCUGCUCUGCACCGCGAUCAUGAAGAAUAACGCCAGCGAGAGUCCCCCGGCGGAUGCCAUCGGCUCGCUCCCAGAGGAGGAGUGGAACAUCUUCCUCUACUCGAACAUUCUGAUACAUACCGAAGGCGUGAUGCCGCAGCCCCUACUUGAUAGCCUGUAUGAAAUGUCCAGGAGCCGGCACCUGCAGUGGGUCUCCCACACCCGAUGGAAGCAGUGCCAGUACCUCAGCGGGCAGCUGGAACCCUUCUCCCUCCUGUGCCGCUCCCUGCUGUCCAACGUGGCCCAGUGGAUCGCUUUCCAAGACAGCAAGGCGCUGUACGUUCUGCUGGGCACCCCUUUCUCUCCCGACCACGCUUCCCCGGAGGACCGUGAGAAGUCACCGGAGGAAACUGAACUUCUGAAUGAACAUGAAGAAUUACGUAGUCCUGUGAAUUUUCCCUGGGAGAAACUCACCCCAUUUCAAAGACUUCUUUUGAUAAAAGUUCUCAGACCAGAGCGUUUAAAGAACUCGGUGAGAAAGUUUGUAACUGAAAAAAUGGGAAGUGAAUAUAUCCACAGAACCGGAAUUAACCUGAAAGAAUCAUAUAAGGACUCCAACGCCCGGACUCCAAUGAUGCUGAUUCACUCGCAGGGGGUGGACGUCACCAACACGCUCCUGAAAUUCGCCCAGGAGUUCAGAGGGACCACGCAGCACGUGACCAUGCUCUCUCUGGGCCAGGGCCGGGCAGCCAAAGCCGAAGACCUCAUCGCGGCCGCCCUCACCAAAGCCGAGCAGUGGGUCUUCCUGCAGAACUGCCACCUCGCCGCCUCCUUCAUGCCCAGGCUGGGCACCAUCGUGGACUCACUUAAUAACCCAGCUGUGACCAUAGACCCCGAGUUUCGGCUGUGGUUGAGCUCAGAAUCUAACAGUUCUUUGCCAAUUCCCCUUCUUCAAAAGAGCUUAAAGAUCGCCGUGGAGAAGCCCAUGGGGCUGAAGAGUAAUUUACUGAAGACGCUUGGACAGGACGGGAGCGGAGAGGUGACGGAAGAAAUCUUUGAAAAAGCUGACUGCGGGCCCUGGUGGAAAAAGCUGCUAUUCAGCUUAUGUUUCUUCAAUGCUCUGAUCAACGAAAGGAGGAAAUACGGAAUGCUGGGCUGGAAUGUCGAUUAUGAAUUUAGUCCUGCAGACUUCGAGGUGGCCGUGAAGAUGCUGGAGAACGCCCUGGCCGCCCAGCCGGCCGUCCCGUGGCAGAAGCUGCGCUACCUGCUCGGGGAGGUGGUGUACGGGGGCCAGGUGACCGACCCCUGGGACCAGCGCUGCCUCAACACCCUGCUGCACAGGUUCUGCAACCCCGACGUGCUGAGGGCCGACUUCAGCUUCUUCAGUGAGGAGAUGCGCCUGCCGGAGUCGGCGAGCCUGCAGGCCUUCCGGCGCGCGGUGCAGGCGCUGCCCGACGACGAGCCCGCCGAGCUCCUGGGGCUGCACCCCGAGGCCACGCGGGGCUGCCGGGAGGAGCAGGCGCAGAGCUUCAUGGACCACCUCGUGGCCCUGCAGGCAAAGACGGCGCAGCCCAGCCCCAGCAUCAGCCAUGAGCCCAGCAGCGACGAGCUGGUGAUGGAGGCGGUGACGGACGCGCUGAAGCGGCUGCCGCUGACGGUGGAGAAGGAGGAGAGCACCGGCGCCCAGAGCACCCUGCGCAGCAUCAUGGGGGGCACCGUGUGGGACGCCCUGCACAGCAACCUCAGAGGCUAUGACCCGCUUACCCACUGUGUCUUACUGUCCUUCUUGAAGCAAGAAAUUGAACGCUUUAACAAGCUGCUGUUCGUUAUACACGAAUCUUUGAAAGACCUCCAGCUGGCCAUAAAAGGAGAGAUCGUCCUCACGCAGGAACUGGAGGAAAUAUACAACUCUUUCCUUAAGGGGCGAGUGCCGGAGCUGUGGCAGAAACACGCCUACAAGUCGUGCAAGCCCCUGGCUUCCUGGGUCAACGAUCUCAUCCAGCGACUGAAUUUCUUCAACACCUGGGCCAAGAUGGCCUACACCGCCAUCUACCACCGGUACAUGAGAUUCAUCUCGGCCUGGAAGCACUCCAGCCCCAAACACCCUCUGGAGGAAAAUAGAAACUUCUUUGAAGGAUUUCCUGCGAGAUACUGGCUCCCAGCUUUCUUCUUUCCACAAGCCUUCCUCACUGCCGUGCUGCAGGACCACGGAAGGGCCCACGGAAUCUCGACGGACACCCUCACCUUCACCCACCAGGUGAUCCCUGACACCAUCGGCAGCAAGGAGGAGGAGUUCUCCAUCAUGAUCCAGAAGAAGCUCAACCUCGUCAGGAGAGCCUUCAAGGGCACGGACUCCACACACACCGGGGCCCACAUUUUUGGGUUGUUCAUCGAGGGGGCACGGUGGAACCACGAAGAGAAAAUACUAGAAGACUCGCUGCCUCGAGAGAUAUGCUGCGAUUUCCCGGAAAUCUACUUCUUGCCAACCAAGGUUUCCACCGAGACAGCAGAUGCUUCUGACCAGCCAGAGGCGGAAGGCUGUACUUUUGAAUGCCCCGUUUAUCAGACCCCCCAGAGGUCGUCGACUUCCCCAGCGACUGGCUCCCCUUCCAACUUCUUAACAUCCGUGUCCUUACCCACAAGGAGACCUCCCAGUCACUGGAUCACCAUGCAGGUCGCCUUGCUGUGUGAGAAGAAUGAGAAAUAAACUCCCAUCCCGAACAGGUAAAUGUGGACUCUGUGUGUACAUGGUCUAGGACGUGCGCCUGUAGUGUGCUUACCCGUGUAAACACGUGUGCAGGCGGGCGGGCUCUCCUGUGGGCCAGGAGCGUCGCAAAGAGAGGGAAAAUGUCGGGGCGUCAUCUAAGGAC